AUGCGUGAUAUGUUCCGCUUCUGGAGUGGUGAUGCAAAGGCAGGUGACAGGCUCGCUGAAGCCGAACAGAUCAUGACAAUGUGCUCCAAAGACUUACCCAGCCUUGCCACGGGUCCAAACUCGCUCAAGAGAAAGGCGUCUUCUGCACACGACGGAACCGAUGAUGGUUGCGCAAAACGGGCAAAGGUUGACUACAGCGUCGCGACACCUCCAGAAACUCCGGCUAUGCCACGUCAAGAGUACUUCGCAUCGCAGUCUCCACAAGCAGCCGCGCCGAACACUGAUCGAGUAGUUGACAUCAUCAACCAGCAGUUUGGCACAGAGAUAUUAUUGAAGCACCAGGAGCUGCGCUUCAUCAACCAGGAGCUUGCCAAAUGCCAAGUCGCCCUGGAGCAGCUGCGUCGGUGUCACCUCAUACCGUACCCAACUUCCUGUCCCACCCCACAACAGAUGUUGGACAUUUCGCAAGGCAAGGGAUCAGCCGUCCAGAGUAGGGCCGGAGAGCCUGCUGCACAGUGGGCUCCGCCUUUCGGGGUGACGGAUGGUCCCUAUGCUCGUCACUAUGCCAAGUGGCUGAUCCCAGAUCCCAAAUUUGGAGACGUGGUGCCCGAGUGGCAGGGCUUGUCUGUUGUCCCGAGAAACACCGCCGAAGGGCGGACGACGAGGAACAGUCUUUGUGAGGCUACCACCAUCGGCAAGAGGGUCGCUCGCGGACAGACCGGCCAGAAGCUUUCUACCACUUACCCGCCACCGAAACCAAAGGCUCCUUGUAUUGUCAAGAGGAGCAACGGCGUGGUUGUCAAACUCGUGUGCAACUCAUGUCAUAGGGACAAUUUUAGUAGCACCCAAGGCUUCAUCAACCACUGCCGAAUAGCUCAUCGGAAGGAGUACAAGUCUCACGAGGAGGCUGCUGUUGACUGCGGCCAACCCAUCAGCGUCAGUGAGAGCACCAGCAGUACCAACCCCAGCACAACCAACACUGCCACUGCCAGCGAAGAAAAGCCUCCCAGCGCUCCUGCACCGGGCAUUGUUCAUCCUCUUGCACGAACAGACGCAACGGUUGAGCAAAAUGCCUACGCGGCACUUCUCAAGCGCAUCAACGAGUCGCUCAAGCUCUUCCACCACGGUGCUACCCCCAAGACACCUGGUGCUAUGUCCUCAAGUCCUUCUGUGAAGGCCGAUGGAAAGCCGCUGAAGAGUUUCGCUGCUGUACCUGGGACCCCCUUCCUCUCCGAAUUACUUCAAAAACGAGACUUCCAGGGCGAUCUCAAAAAGCACGUGGAGGAUGCUAAGAGCAAGGUGGACCUCGAUGACUAUCUCUCAGGUGACGAGGAGUCCGAUGAUGGAGAACGUUUCAUGUCCCCGGACGCGGACCAUCCGGCUGUGAACAAGGUGUCGACGGCUGGAGCUCGCAUUCCUGCGCCUGUCAUGCGUGUCCCCGCGCGAGCUGUCCUUCCGCCUUCCGCUGGGCCGCGCCCACCUAGCAGUAAGGGGCGGUCUCCGCAUCUCGCUUUCACUUCGACAGCAUCGAAGCUGCUUCCGAGUGCUCCCAUCAACGACGACGAUGACUCUGGCUUCGAUGAUGCCAACAUGAUGGAUGUUGACCACAGCCCGAACACUGCGACCAGUAACAACGCGCCGUCCUUGGUUAGCGACGACGGUGGAGAUGACGAAUCCGACGAUGGCUCGUCCUCGGAUGCUUCUGAUGACGGCUCUAUGACAGAGGUCACAGAAGUCAAUAUCGAGUAUCCCGAGGUGCAAGAUCUCUCGCAGCAUGGAAGCAGCAACGGUGCUCGAGCAAAGGACGAGAAUAGGCACGUCACCUUCGUCACGCCAUUGACAGGCAAAGCCGCUGCGCGACGCAAGCCUUGA